UCUCCAUUUUCCCUUACCCGGGCCCUCCCUGCCAUUGCUGCACUGCUGUUUGCGGGAAUGUGGGAAGAAGUUUCAGCUGCGACACUAAAUGCCAUCAGUGUCCUGAAAGGGGAGGGUGUUCUCUAUUCGGAUCCAAGACUUCCUACCUCUUUCUUCCCGCCCCUGUUUGCCGUAAUGCCUUCAGAGCAUCUCCCUGCUCCUCGGCACGGUCUCUCCGAUUUGCAUACACCGCACGCUGCUUCUCCUAUUCGAAUCUCCCCUUGAACUCAAAGGGCCGAACUGGGGGAUGCCAACACGCGUGUGUGUAAGCACGGCUCGGCGUCGGAAUCUGCGCGUAUGCCCAGAGGCCGAGGGUCGCCCUGCGCACCCGUGGGCCCCUCUCAGUCCUCACAGAGCGUCCUUUGUCCCACCGCACCGCUGGGUCAGCGCUGCCGGGAGGGUCCCGAGUGCGUGGGCGGUGGGAGGAGGCAGUCACCUACAGUCAUGCAUAUACACAUGUAUACAUACAUACAUACACGCGUGUGCAAGUGGCUGCGAUAGGCGCACACACAUCUCCGGCCGUCAGCCCGCCCCCAGCCCCCCGCCACCUGCCCACGCCAUCGCGGACGUCGCGCACGGCCGCCAGCGGCCCGCCCCGAAAAGGGCAGCGGGGAGCUGUUCUGACGCCCCUCACCUCCUCCCGCCCUCCGUGCAGCUCCGUGUACACGAUCUUCCGCCCUCACGCCCUAAAACGCGGCGUUUCCACGCAGAUUGCGAGGCGCUGGUCCUCGGGAGGCAGCGGAGGAGCCGGGGGAGCUUUGCCGGCGGGAGGGCACGCAGCGCUGAGCGUGGCAGCAUGAGUGGGGAGAGGAGAUCUCUGAUUUUUUUUUUUUUCCCCCCUUCUUUUUCUCUUUAAACGUUAUGAUUUAUUAUUAUUAUUUCAUUUAUUUAUCCGUUUAUUUUUCAAUCGUCGACCAGCUGAUGGGUUUAUUGAAAAGUUACCCAGAAUGGCAAUGCCGCCCAAGGACAGCACUCGGCAGGAGCCGCUCUUCAGAUCAUGGCUGAAGGAAGACACCUACAAAAAACUCCACCGUUCGCUGCAUUUGUAAGUUUCCAAAGAAAUGCACUCAGCUUCCCUUUUUCUCCUGGAAGACGCAAGCCCACGGCCCUUCUGUAGGCAUUUCUAAUUUGUUCCAUCCGUCAAAGCGGCACUAAGAGAGGUUUGGUGCAAAUUCAUUAUCUCUGGCAACGCGCAGCGCAGAGCAGGAACUGAGAAAGACCGUGGCAAUGGGUGAACAAUGGGGCUUCAGUUCGUCGGCAACAAAAGCUGUGGGGAAACCGGUUGGAUUUCAGAGCACGUCCUCCUCAGCAGAGAGGGCUGGACUAGACCUUGGCCAAGCCCCCCAAAAAACUUGAGGAGCAUCUCAUGCAGGACUUCACUUUUUACUCCGGGGCUUAAGAAGCAAUAUGAAAAAUAAUAAGGAGGGAGAGGGGGGGGGAGAAAGGGAGGGUGGCGGCGAGGGGAGAUCAGAAAACUUUCUGCGAUCACCUUCCAUUUUUCUGGAUAGAGGAUGCCGAGCUGCUUUAAAGCCAUUUGGUGUAAGAACCGCACCGUGGAGCUACGCGGAACUUUUAAAGCAGGAUGAGGAUGGAGGAACGACGUGAAUUUGUGGAAAUUUGCCUGUGGGAAUCUUUGUGUGCGUCUUACCGCCAGGACCGGGGGGGAGACCCCCCCCCACCCUCGGAGCCGCAGCGAUAUUUAAACAACGCAGACAGAGCACAGGGAAUGACUUCCAAGGCACGACACGACCGGGGGCAGCAGCACGCCGGCUGGAACGCGCCUUCUCCUUCCCAGCCCGGGGAAAGCGAGGAGCUCCCCCCCAAAACACACACGCAUGUAAGAUGUUCGCCACUGAGCUGCCACCAUUUGGCCAAAAGCUCUCUGCCGUGCAUAAGGGAACGGGAGCCGCGUCCACACGUCACUUUCUAUCGAAAUGGGAUUUUAUUUUUUAUUUUUAUUUUUAUUUUUAUUUUUUGGCUUCCUUACACAGUGCUGGAAAUUGCUGAUGGCUUUCCGUCUUCACAGAUGCUUAGGAGACUUUUGUGAGAGUGGAGCGACUCACAGUGCACAGAGAGGCCUGCGGUGGGAUGGAUGCUUCUCGCUCCUAACGCAGUCAACGCACCUUCAUCGUUGAUGCUGUUUUCUGGGGGGAGCAGAUGGACCGUGGGUUGUGCUGUUGGAAAUCAGUGGCUGGAAGGAAAAGUUGGGAAUAAACUCUAAAGGUGAUGGAUCUCCUUUGGAUGUUGCUGGCUGAGCAGGCAGACAGACAAACAAACCAGGGCACAGCUGCAUGAAAGGAUGGAAUUUUAAAGCAGGACUGGUGCUCCUGGAGGAGACAGCAUGGCUGUUUGCCAGGGAGAAUCUGGAUUCUAGCAAGGAACAUUAUUGAUAUUAUUAAUAAUAAUAGUAAAGCUUUGAGGGAAGUGAGUUGUUAUCUUUGGUUAUCUAGCUGUAUGAGUGUUUUGGUCUUCAUAAAGCUAGAUAACCGAAAGUAAAAACUCCUUCAAGAUCAUCGUACAACGUGUGAAAAUGACAGACUGCUGCAAGAGACAGUAAAACCUGAGACAGGUCGGGAACGCUCAUUGCACCGAACGCUUUUACAGCUGGAGGUGGGAGCGGAGGGCACUACAUGGCGUGCUUAUCACUCAUGCCAAAAUGUGGAGCUGUCAGAUGCCACGGGAUGGAUGGCUGCUGGUGGCAAACAGUGCUUGUGUGACUGCUGCCAUUGCACAAAUGGAUAAACAAGGACCCAGGCCAGCAAAUGCUUAAUUGAGAAGACAUGUGUACACACACACACACACACACACACCUAUACAAAUAUUAGAAAGCUGUUUGGAAAUGCUGAACUUAAAUUUUCCAGAACGAUGCACUGCAGUGAGACAGCCUCAGAAAUGUUCCAGCAGCUGGUGGUGAUGAAGGCGAUGGUGUUGGCGGUGGUACUGUGUGGAAAACAGCCCCAGACCUGUCAGUGUGCACCCAAGACAAAGCAGUGGGGUCUGUUCUGAACAACGCCAAAUCAGGCUUUCAGAAAGUUUGUACUGCAGUGUAGGCGAGCUUAAUAACUUAUAUCUAGCAAGAACGCGGUGGAGCUGCACAAAGAUGAAAAAAAGCAAUGGUCGAUUUUUAUUCUUCUAUUCAAAUUUCCAGCUCAGAUGCUUCUCUGUUCCGAGAGGGUUUCCUUGAGGAAGCUACUGAAGCAGAAAGACAUGAUGGAGACGAGAUCGCCUCCCCCCUUGUCAAAGUGCUAAAAAAUGUUCUGUGUCUUACUCCGCGCCCAGCAUUGGAAAUGAAAGUGACAUUUACUCCCCAA